ACUGUAUGUGUUGUGUAUAUAUAGCACAACACAUAACAACACAUUAAUAGUGUAUAAGUUAUACGACUGAAAGCUCCUCCCAAUUGUAUCGCCAUUUGUUGGGAACAAUUGCAGUGACAGUCGAGUGUCGCCACAAACUGAGGCCACAAUCGGGUGUCUAACACACCAUUGCAUGGACUCGUCACCAGAUAGUCGGUACAGUGCGUAGGGCUGAGAGCGUAGUGGACACUAACACACAAACACAACACUCACACACCGUCACAAUGGCCAACAACGAUGAGUCCACAUACGGCCUGACGGCGGGCAACGAGACCGUCAAACGUCACUAUCAGUCGCUUAUUCACAAGUAUGAGAUGCUUAAAGAGGAUCACGACUCGCUGCUCAAGAGAUACUCGGAUCUGGUCGGCAGUCACGGCCACUACGUGUCGAAGUUGGAGUUGGCUCACGAAGAAAACUUCAGAAACAGAGAAUCGGUGGAGAAGUCAGUUCAAGAGCGCAAUCUGGCCAUUAUUGAGAUGAAUGGUCUCAAACAACAGUGCACACAAGCCAUCCGCAAUUGGGACAAAUCGCGUCGCGAGGCUAUCGAAUACAAGGAACAGUUGGCCAAAGUUCAGCUCCAGAGGGAUGAAGUGAUGAAAGAUAUCAACGUAACGAUGACGAAGUUGGCCAAAGCAGCUAAAGAUAACGCCCGACUCAGUGAAGAACGCAAUGCAGCGCUUCAGGAGUACACACAGAUUAUGUCAGAAAGAGAAGAUGUACUCAAAGAGAAUGAAAAACUACAGAAAGAACAGGAAGUGAUGCAAAAGUUAAACCAACAGUUGGAGACCGAGAAGAAACAGUUUAGUGAAGAGAUCGAGAGCCUGAAGAGCGAGAUAUCGUCGGCACUGUUCGAUAGGGAUCGGCUUCUCAAAGUGUGCAACGAUUUGCGCGAAAAAUACAACGACUACGUAACUGGUAUUAAUGACGACCCGAUCAGUCCGAUUUGGCCGCAAUCGCGAUCCGGUCACAACUUUUGGGGCUCAUCCUCUUCAGGUGUAUCCAACACUUGGGCACAUAUGGUGUCGAAGAACUCGAAUCUGGUGCUGUCGGCCGCAUCAAGCAAUAGUUCGGUGUCGACAUUCAGUCACAAUCAGCACAACAAACUAUGCAGUAAUAGCCGUCUGGAUAACAUUGAUUUGGCCAACAGUGAGAUUGAAUCGCUACGCAAACAAGUGGAACGACUGCAGACGGAUCUCGGAGAGGCUCAACAAGAGGUCGAAGUCUGUAAGCGUCGGCGCGAUUGGGCUUUCAAUGAAAGGGGCAAAAUUGUAUUGGAAAGGGAAAGCAUUAGAACUUUGUGCGACAAACUUCGUCGCGAAAGGGAUCGGGCGGUCAGUGAUUUGGCCGAAGCGCUGCGCGAAUCUGAUGAUAGCAAACAUGAAAAGAAUGAGGCGAUCAAAGAGCUAAAAGAAUUAAAAGAGAAGAUUGAAGGCAUGAAACUGGACAGAGAGCUGAUGGCUAAGAGUCAACAUAACUCACAAUUGGGGACCAAUAAUAGUAGUCGUGAUUCAGCCAUCGAAACUGAUUUUCAAGAGUACGAAAUUAAGACAAUGGAUGUCUUAUUGAAACGCGAGCUUAAGUCCAAAGAGUGGGGGUUUACGUUACAGUCGGCCGAUAAGUCAUUGGUUGUGAGUAAAGUCAAUAAGGAUAGUGUGGCCGACGGAAAGUUAGCUGUAAGUGAUGUUGUGAUGAAAAUUAAUGAAAUGUCUGUUACAAAUGAUAUGAAGAUUGCCAACGAUUUGCUUAAGAAAAAUGAUCUGCAAAUCCAUUUGACAAUUCAACGGAAACGUAUGUCAAGGUUUGUUCAAAGUGUUACCUUUAAUGUUGAAAAUGGACUGGAAUUGGGCUUAGAAUUGGAAAGUGGUUAUUACGUUAGUCGUAUUAAUGCCGGCUCUUUGGCCGCCAAAGAGGGUAACAUAGCCGUCGGCGAUCGGGUUAUCUCAAUCAAUGACAAACCAUUAGACGAAAACUCUGUUUUCGAAGUGAUGCAAAUGCUUGACUCUGCGCCGACUAUUUUAUUACAAGUGAUCAAAUCUCUAGCAUUUACAUCGAAAUCGCAGUCAAAUAGCAGCUCAUCAAUUGUCAACACUUCCAAAGGUAGCUCAGAGUCGACAGACUCGAAAUGUUCGACUCAUAGGGAAAGACAACAAAGAAAAAUGGUUUCUUGUUGUUCGCAAACCGAUAACAAUCCAAUUGUUAGUCAACCGAAUGCAAAGCCAUCCGUGCCUUCUAUUUAUAAGCCGAUGAGUCGGAUGAACGACGACAUGACAAACAGUUCUGUCAAUAAUAAAAGUCUUAAGUCUUCCUUAACGAGUUCAUCAGCACAGGCGGUGAAGACUAGCGCACCGACAGCGCCAACACUACUCGAUAAAGCAUACAAUAAAAUAUACGGCGAACGCAAACAAAGUGCUAAAACCAAACAAGAAAAACAACAACAGAUGAAUAAUAAUAAUAAUAAUAUUAUUAAUAAUAAUAAUAACAAUAAUAAUAAUUGUUUUCGUGAUGAAGAGGUCAAGAAUUUGGCCGAAUUGGACAAAGUAUUGGACAAAUACGACAAGUAUUCAAAUGGAAAGUCAAGCGACAAGAGCUCUAAGUAUACAAAAUCGUCGAAAAGCUCUAAAAAGGAUAAGAAUGGCGGAACUUGGCCUAAAUAUAGGGGACAUCCACCCAUACCGUCUCUCCAGAACUAUGGCAACGUUAACGCUGUGAUGACAUUGCAUCCAAUUAAACGCAAAGAGAGAAAAUCGUUGGGUUUUAUUACAAAUCUAUUUUCAAAGUCAUCGGAGAAGUCAUCUCCCGUGUCGACACAAUCAGAAACAACAACGAUUACUGAAACUAAUCGAUCGCCGAAUAAUAGUAUUAAAGAAGAAGCCAUGUCGUCGUCUUCGAAGCCAUCGAGUUAUCUGAUUUUCGAACCGUCACCAGAGGCAGCUAUUGCCGACUACGAACGCAAUUCGAAGCGCCGCUCAACGCUGUCCACUCGACUUCAAGCGCUUCCCAAUCAAAAGACAUCAAUUUAUUCAUCAAACAGACUAUCAUUUAAUGACAAAAUCAAUACACUCGACCUAAAGGUUUAUCAUCCGCUCAAAGCACUCGCAAAUUCAUCACUGGACUACUCAGUAGUAUCGGCGCAAUCAAAGGACAAGAAUGUCUUGGAUUACUAUAAGCACAGAACUUAUGUCAAUCCAAGACAGAUAAGACCGCAUUCAGUGCACGACGUUCUCAGUAAUGUCACCCAACCGUUAACGCCCAACACAUUAUCCAUGACUACCGAUCACUCGUCAUACGACUCAUUUCAGACAUCGAGUACCGUAUCUUCGGCACCUCCGCCGCCACCAACUUCGGCACCGAUUCCUCCAAUCCGAAGUACAUCGACGUCUUCCUAUCCGUACUAUGCGCUGAACAACAUGUCUCAUCCGCAGCUGGAACUUCAUGUCCAUCACAAUCAUUAUUCGGUAAAUCCACAUUUGAGUCGUGAGACGAAUCAAAGCCGAACUGUUCAACACAGUAAUCAUCCGCAGAGUCUUAUACUCGGAUCAAUCUCCCGAAGCGGCGAUUCAUUGCUGAGUGCUAAUGACAGUCAACUGAAUCCACACGACUUAGCGCACUCGCGAUCGGUCAGUGCCUAUGAGGGUGGCAUUGGUCACUACGGUAUGAAAGGAAAUCUGGACAAUCGGUACAGUAUUACGUCAUCGCCGUCGCCAUCGCAGUAUAUUAGUGGCCUGUUUGGUGGUGUCUCUCCAUCUCAUAGUAUGGAUAUUAUAACAACGAUGCCUUCAGGCGCUCACUUUCACAAUAUUGAGACAAAGCGAUUGGUUGCACCACAACACAGCCAUCCGAGUCAUAUACACCAUACGUCCAUCAGUAACAAUAAGAAUGUCUACAGAAGCGAUGAAAACAAUGUGGGAAUUCCAUCGUUUGACGGUUUGUCGACAUUUCCUAAACGCAGUCAACGUUUCCGUAUUUCAUCGAAUCCGAGCGUCACCUGUAAGUCAUCAGCGGGCAGAUUGUCGACGAGUUCUAUAGAUAAGACUUCGUCUACUGUAUUGUCCGAUCGGGAAAGUCCGAUGCCCUGUACUUAUCACGUUGAAUGGCUCACACCUACCAGUGGAUCAUCACAUGGUGGUCAUCAUCGAGUUGCAGCACCUGGUGAUCAACGAAAUAUAUCCAUUGACUUAAGCUCCGGUACACCGAUGGGCAUUCAGAUUAGCGAAUGUCCCGGUGUUACAGGUGGUGUGUUUGUGUGUAACGUUACCGAAAACAGUUUGGCCGACCAGGCGGGAAUCCUGGUUGGCGACCAGUUGCUAGAAAUAUGCGGCAUUAAUAUGCGUAACGCAACCUUCAAUUUGGCGGCUAAUGUGUUGAGACAGUGCGGCAAUAAUAUCUUAAUGCGUGUUCAAUACAAUCCCGACAAGUUUAGAGACAUUGAAGAUAAUGACAACGUCUCCGAUGAUAAUGUAGACGCUGAUGAUGACGAUGACAAUCAGGAAUAGGAUUGAAAAACAAAUCCAUUACCAAAAUAUAUAUAUUCCAUCCCAUUCUUAAAAUCAUAGACAUAGAGUCCCAACCGGUGCCCCCAAUCCCGUACACCAAUACUUGUGACCACAAAACUGUUGGAUCAGUAAACGUGACGCUCUCUCUCUCUCUCUCUCUUUAUUCUCUAUUUCUUUUAU